UGUUCAGUGCAGUGUCAACAAGGUUCCAUCAGUCACCACCACGAUUACCACCACGGUCACCACCACGGUCACCACCACGAUCACCACCACGGUCACCACCACGAUCACCACCACGAUCACCACCACGAUCACCACCACGAUCACCACCACAGCCGCUACCAGCAUCUUAAGACUACUUUCACCGCUACCACCAUCACUGACCACCAGCAUCAAUAAUAUAUUCCAAUACUGAUUUAGAGUAGAUGGACGAGAACCAGCUGGAGUGCCAGGAGUGCCGGCAAAGUUAUGGCAGCGGCGAGAGGUGUCCCCGAAGCCUCUUCUGUGGUCACACUUUCUGCACGAAGUGUCUAGACCGAGCCAUCGUCAGUGGCAGGCGGCGUUGCAGCUCCUGUGGCCGCCCAUUCAUCGCCACCUCUGCCGCUCAACUGCCCACAGACUACGCUCUUCUCAGGCGAUGCUCUGCCAGGGCAGACGAUGCAGGUUCUCUGAAGACUCCUGGAACUCCUGCAUACAAUUUGAAGCUCCAGAACGCUGAUUCGUCGUCAUCUACCCGGCAUUCUUCCGGAGCUUCAAGUCACGAUUCCAGAUUUGUUAAUUCUGCAUCGUCGUCAUCCAAUAUGCAAACUCUCAGCGCUUCGAACCACGACGAUUCGAAGUCACUGAGCUCUACCUCAUCAUCCAGUCUACCAACUUAUAACACGUCUGGCUUCCCUUCCAAAUCUUCGAGCACUGAUUCGUCACCAUUUGAUCUCCAGACAUACAGUUCGAGGUUAUUGUCAGCUACGGAAUAUAGUCAAAAGGAUCUUUCCUCGGGUGCUCCUCAGAUUACCAAGAAUUAUUUUUUCCCUCCGAUAGACACAGUCACAAUAACCACUUCCAGUCUAACACCAAGAUUCUCUUCAGCUCCUGCUGUAACUAGGUCUCUUUCUAGUCCCUCAGACUCACGGUUAGGUUCUUCUUUCCUUGAAAAAGAGAAAUUUUGUGAUAAUGCUAUAGUAAAUAGAGAUGAAACCGACUCACCACGCUCGUCAGUCUUAAUGAGAAUCCUUAAUAAAGAAGAACCAUCAAGUAGGCCACCAGCACUUACUUACAAGUUUCCGACCAUAAGAACUCGAUUCAGCAUUGGAAAUCGGGAAUCCAAAGCAUCUUUAGAAUCAAAUAAUGAUGACGUAAGAUCAAGCGAAGAAGGUGUGCGUAGCCUCCAUGGUGAGCUGAAGAAGAAAAGAUCUUCACCUCUCACUACGUCAGAAUUAUCUUUCAAAAAUUCAGCAAAAACAGAAGCAGAGCAAAGUUACGUUGUUUCUUCUCAUAGUCGACAUAACACUUCACGCAGUGAUUCCCUUACCAAAAUGCACCCAGAAUUAAAGUGUACUCCUGCUAAAGACAUAAGCUCAGUUCGGUUACCUUUGACAAGCAGAGUAUCGAAGAUCGCAAAUCAGGACCAAAGGCUAGCUGACUCUAAGACUAUUGAGCAACCAGACUCGGCUAUCAGUUGUCCCGUGUCAUCAGCACAACCUGACUCAGAGGUCUCUAUUACUUCUCAAGGAUCAGUGCCAAGCCUCUCUAAAUUUAAUGCAAAGCUUCACGCUCCUUCUGAAGAAAAACAAGCACAAAUAAGAGAAGAUAACAUAAGUGCAUCCGACAGACAACUGGGUUCAGAUAACUUCAGUGCUGGAAAGCCCAAACAAAGGUCAAGGAAAACACAAAGGUACCGCUUCCAGUACUCCGAGUCAUGUGUUGAAUAUGUGUCGCUCUAUAACAACAAAGUCUCGUCAACGGUCAGUUCGUGAGGCGACAUCCAGUUCUUCUAGUACUGACAAUUCAUCCUCUGGCAACUGUACAGAGAACCGUGAAACAUUGUCUACUUCACGUUUGUCAUCACGUUCACGUCACCUCAGGAAGGACUCUUCGUUAGCUCGUCUA